ACCAGCAGGUCAGCACUAGCAGCUGCCGCGAGCGGUCCAGAUGUACUAGAAGAUCCCGAACCGCAGCUAAACGCUGAUCGAGCACAGUAGGCGAUGGAGGAAUGUUUGCUGACACUCCACUUCCAGUGUGCACUAUGAUCAGGAAAACUAACCACGCUGAAGGUUGUGGUUGAAGAAUCCGACUCAUGGUGGUGACUUGAGUCUCUCUCGCGAGGACUUGCGAACUAUUGAAGAUGCCUGCCCGGUAAGGAACCGACUUUUAUGCGCGAUCGGGUAGUCUCUAUUUACGUCUGUUCGGUCCUGCGGGAUAUAAUUUUGAUAAUUGCUGGCUGGGAAUCAUCCUCUAACCAAGCAUUACCAAGGAUGUCCCGGAGCUUGUUCGCUGAGCUUGAGGGGCUGUGUGAACCAGAACCAGCUGAUGCGGUUUGUUUGUUUAUGUAUGCUUCAGAAUUUUUUCACCCGAGCUAAUAGGCAUCCACCAAAACUGGGCACGACCUCUCAUCAGUUAUGGAAUAACAGGAAUCCAGGUAAUAUCUGUAACACGGCGAGCAAAAUCAACUGACCCACCUCCAUUUACCGGUCCAACACUCCCGUUCUGUGGGUCAAGUGCGCUGUUAGGGUGGAGAGGAAACAAAGGGCAACCCUUCUGCUGUGUACCGCCAUUCUACGCAACGUGCAUGAGCUAUCAUCCAUCAUCCGUAACCGAUGACCUAAAGAGACAGCCGUAUGCCGUGAGACGGAAAAACUCCUUCAUUAGAGGUUUUCUCGCUGACUUGACUCAUUGCGCAAACAUGCAAUCAUGGCGCGAGGUUUCACUGCGCUAAUCAUACGGUACCGUGGCAGCGUUAUCUCUUGCACCUACUUACAAAAACACCCAGCUCGAAUUGAGAUUCUCCUGAUGCUCCUAGUUGGGACCAUUCUUCUGAUAUUUUCAUCAAUUUCGUCCCGAUCGAACGAGUCAGACUGGCGACAUGCAUCAACCCGACCAAUGUGAGCCGCCAUUUCGCAACAACUUCGGCGUACGCAACAACUUACGCCCCCCGGGGGGUUGUUGCAGCAGCAUUGUUCUCGUCAAUCUGUCUAUAAUCCCCGCUAAUUACCAGCGAGCAUUUCCAUUUACCCCCGGCGCGGAACGACCUUUCCAAUUCCGGCUGUUGGAGGCGAAGGCAUUGGAUGCGUUUCUCCCAUCAAACUCACGCACGAUGCGUUCUAAUCACAAUAAAUCUUGCCACCCGCGGCUCGGGGCUGAUUAGUUGCGAACAGGUAGUGGAUGUGAGUGUAUCUUUCGCGGAGUAGUUCCGAGCCGAGGUUCCGAAAUCCCCGUUUUGUACUGUCCAACCAUGGUGCCGUCGGCGACAAUCGUGUUUGGAGUCGUAGCCUUCUGUGGACUGCAGUUGGUCCCGGGCCAGCUUACGGACGAUGUGGAGUUUAUCGAUCCAACGGUUGGGCUGGGGCCGGGCGGUACUGCCAGCGGGAUUCCACUAGGGCCGCGAGGAUUCCGUGGGUUUGAAAUCCUUCCCAGACCGGAACCAUCGUGGAAGGCGGGCGCAACACUGGUUGCGGACAAUCCGGAGCAGCAGAUCAUGGGAACGAUUUCCUUCCGCCAGUUCGCUCCGGGCCACGUCCAGACGGCCAUCAACGUUACCGGCCUGCCGGUGGGGAAGCACGCGGUCCACGUACACGCGUUCGGCGAUAUGCGCGAGGGAUGCAAAUCGACCGGGCCACACUUUCGCAGCAGCAUCAUUGGCAACAUCGAGGUAAAGGAGGACGGUAACGCGAUGAUCGAUUUCCACAGCCCGUACAUCAAUCUGUUCGGGUUCGCUGGCAUCGUGGGCCGCUCGAUCGUGGUACACGAGAAACCGUCCGAGAUCUACCGGUUUCCGGACCUGUCCAUCAACAAUCCGAUCUCGUUCCAGGGCGAGGAGGAUACGGUCGGCGCGCGGAUCGCCUGUGGGCUUAUAACGAUUCUCGAUAAUGUCGCGCCGUAGAAUGUAAUAUCGUAUUCAAUAAAAA